UAGGAAAAAAUUGUUGUGUUUAAAUAGCUGAAUUUCGUUGACGAUAAAACGCCUUUUAGUCAACCGCUGUGUUUCUAAACGGAUACAAAGUAUCGUGAGAUAUACUGAGAACCCGACGCUGUUUGUUUUAUUUUCUCCUCUUUUUUUUCAAACCGGAAGUGGAAGAAAAACAAAAGUCCAUAUGUGAUUAGGAGGAUGGGGAUCACUAAACUGGCUGAUUUAAUUCGUUCUGAUGCUCCAAAUGCAGUUUCUUAUAAGGAUAUCGGUGACUAUACAGGGAAAGUCAUCGCCUUGGAUACCUCAGUGGUUCUGAACCAGUUUCGAGCAGCAACACCCUCUUUGAGCCCCCUGACUGGACUCUUUUUCCGCACACUGACCUUCCUGGAACACGACAUAAAGCCAGUCUUUGUAUUCGAUGGAAAGCCUCCCGUGGAAAAGACACCUGUUCUGGAGAGGCGAGCCGAGGCAGCUGGAUGGAGCUCUCCCAAAAGAACAGGAGAAGCAUCAGCCCAGACUAAGGAUUCCAUUGAGCUACUGAAAUGUAUGGGUGUGCCUGUCAUCCAGGAUUCUGCCUUUCAGGCUCCAGGGGACGCUGAAGCACAGUGUGCCCGCCUGGUGAGAGACGGGGUUGUGGAUGCAGUGGCCUCCGAGGACAUGGACACGCUGCCCUUUGGAGCAAACGUUCUCAUUCGUCAGCUGAAUGCUAAGAAGGACAGUGAAGUUGUGGAAUACUCAUUACCCAGGCUGCUGGAAAAACUGCAGAUUACUCAUGAGGAGCUUGUUGACCUUUGUAUUCUACUGGGCUGUGACUACUGCGACAAGAUCCCCGGUUUAGGUCCAAAGAGAGCUCUGACUCUCAUCCAGAAGCAUCGCACUAUUGAGAAUGUGGUGUUGCACAUCAACAGACAGACCCAUCCUGUACCUCUUUUAUGGAAAUACAAAGAGGCCAGGAAGAUUUUCUUGGACAAAACAGAAACUCCAGUUACUAACUUGGUGUGGAGGGAGCUGGACGAAGAAGCCGUGGUGGACUUCCUGUGUCACACCAAACAUGUCAGGGAGGAGAGGAUCCGUCAUCGCAUGAAGACAUUUCAUGAACAUCGAGAAAAUAGGCGAGAGGAGAGGAAAAAGGAGAAGGCGGAGGGACAUAUGAGGCAGACGCGCAUGGACAACUUCUUCAGAGUUACCAGAAAGAGGGGACAGCCAGUGGAAUCACUUUCCUCAUUAGGUGACAACAAAAAGAAACCUAGAACAUAAUAAGUCCGCCUUUAUUUUAUAGUUGUUCCUAAAUCAGAACUACUACAUAUGAAAAAAAACAAAAAAAAAACAAAACAAUUCAACCUGAAGAUUAUGCUCUGAGGUAAAUAUUCCAUACAAAAAUAAUCAGGAUGCAUUUUCUUAUAACAGAUUAUUAUCCCAAUCCAAUAAUUUUGAUAGUAUAAUUCAGUCAGCUGCUGAUUGAUAAAUAAUGUGCAGCUUAAAAUGAUUUAUUUGACAGAGAGCCUAUUUUUGGAACAAUUAAAAGAAACCCAGCUGAGAAUCAUAAAAAUAUACUGACCACAACCCUGCAUCUGGAACACCACAGCCUCCGACAGUACAGUACUGUGCCCGUGUACGACCAGCGGUGUUCAGAAAACAACACGGUUCCAUUUGAUUUCUUGGUCCAUGCAGCAGUUUCCUGCAGAGCCAGUGAGACAAGCAGAGCAGGAGGUGUGCGACCAUGAAAGAGAACAGAGUGACCACUGUCAGGGAGGCCAAAACCAGGGACAGGCGACGUCUCUUCUCUGGAUAUUCAAUGAGCACCUGCUGUGUAACAGGAGCCAAGACAGACACCAAAGGCUUGAAUUUUAAACCGUGUAUGUUGUUGCUUUAAUUUCAGAAAGAGAAAGUGAGAUUGCGAAGUUCACAUAGUACAAUCAAUAUUACAAAGAAAAGAAAGUGUAAAUCCUUAUUUUUUCUUAUUAUUUUUUUAUGUCUUUAUAUGUCAUUAUUUUUCUUUUACAAUUAAAACGGCAUUGAGUUGUA